CCGACUUGGUAGUGCGUUCCCCUGGACGUGUACAGCUCAAGACAACCAACCGAGGCGGUGACCGUAACCCACAGCAGGUGAACGCUGAUCACUCCCAUCGAGGACACACAGGCGCCAUGAAGACACUGCUGCUAUUAGCUGCUGCAGCAUGGAUGCAGGUGAUCGCUGGUGUCAGUUUCCCCGAACUCUACACAAUAGGCACAAAUUACCAGAUAGGGCUGGACAUGGGCAGGACAUUCAGAGGCAUGAUUCAGGAAUUCUACAAUCAGAGUUCAUCCCUGGCAAAGGUGACACAGUUCAUCCAAACAGAUGCAGGGAAACAAUAUUACAGUGGGUACUUGGACACCGUGAAGAAAGUGUUCCCUGAGUACGUCAGUGAGUUGGCUGGUCUGGCAGACGGAGCAGGUGUCAGCUUCACUCAGGCCUUCUCCAUGAUGAUCAGCAGUGAGAUCAAAGCCGUGAUGAAGCUGAAGGGAGCAGAGUCCUGUAGUGAUGUGUACCUGGCGGACCAACAGAUAGCCAUCGGUCACAAUGAAGAUGCGGAUCCACUGCUGAAGGAAAGGGCGUUCAUGGUCCAUGCUACUAUUGUUAGUGAAGCCGGUGACAUCGUAGAGAACUUCACAGCCUACACAUACGCAGGAGCUCUUUCUGGAAAUGCAUUCAGCUUCAAUGGCGAUGGCAAGGUGUUCACUGUCAACGCCCUGUAUCCUGAUACUGUGGAAGCAGCCAAAAUACCUCGCUACUUCAUGAACAGAGCUCUUAUGCGUGUAAAGUCACAGAACGAUCUUGAAGACCUAUUGCAUGGUCUCGGUGUGGGGGUUGCCUACGGCUUCAAUCUGAACUAUGCAGACAUCAGAAACAGCUCCCGUAUUCUCACAAACUAUGAGGUCUCACCAAUUUCAGGAGUUUCUGGGAAUCUUGUAACCAAGGCAACAGUUGCCAGGCCAUCAGUUCAAGGAGUGGACACAACAGGACACUAUUACCACUUCAACAUGUAUGAGCACACAAACAUCUCCCAGAUACCAAAGGAUAUCGUCAGCUCACAGCAUAGGAAGGCCCGUGCCAAUCAGCUCCCACCGCCAGCUGAUGUUGUGGGUGUGACCAUUAUUCUGGGUGAUCAAGGGGACAGUCAGUAUCCCAUCUAUCGCACUCCACGACCUUCCGAUGAAGAAGCCACCAUUGCCACAGGUAUUUUUGUCCUCGACUCCUGUGUCCUCAUGGUGUUCAAGAGCAACCCUCGGACAACGACACGCCCAAUUACAACCAUCAACCUACCACAUGGUAUUAUGUGCGGGCAGUAACAAGGCGGAGAUCCCUCUUUAUUUACUUAAGUGUCUGUUUGAGGGUGGACUUACCAAGUGGGGUUGUAGACAGGCAACAAAAAUAUUUUAAGUUCUACACUGAUUCAACAUCAAGUACAAAAGGUGUAUGUAAAGAUUUCUGAUACAUGAAACACAAUGCCUUUCAGUCAAGUUUACAUAUUUUGUGUUCCCCUCUGACAAGUGUUACUCAAAACAAUGAAUGGAAGUCAUGCAAUGUCAUAUGUAAUCACAUAUUGAUUUGGGGAUUACACUUCCUCAGUAAAGUACAAAUUCUAGUAAUUUGGGCACUUAGCCCCAUCUCAGAUUCAAACCUACACUCUCAGAGUGAUGGACCAGAUUGCCAACACACAGAGUCAGCAAUCUAACCCACUCAGCCCCCAAGGCUUCCACAACAUGGAAAUCUGACAACUGGUCAUCCAGACCAUGUACUCUGUGUACACCCAAGACAAAUGUAAGUUGGCACGCCUUCCAUGGCCAAAGCUGUGAAUACACAAGGCUAGAAUCGAAAGUACCAGAAUUUGUACUUUUCUGAGAAAGUGCAAUCCCAAAUAUGAUAUUUGUUACAUUACUAUACAGUGAGACCCCGUAUACCCGGACCCCAAAUAUCCGGAAACCUCGCCUUUUCAUAAAAAACAAUCUCUUACAUUAUAGAAGUGACUGUUCAUAACGGAUAUGCGGUUUCCAUUCCCGGACGGUAAAUUUUACAAACCAACCGUCUAAAUCAACACAAAAUUAACUAACUUAUCCGCACGAAGCUUUAAUCUACGUCUGACUGUGUGAAGUGCUAAUCCGGAUUAAUGACCAAUCAGCAGGGUAUUGGUGGUGAUUAGUAGGCCUAUCUGGCACAGAGUGAACUGUAAUUGGCAAAUCAAAAUGACCAUGCUGUUUGGAAGUGAUUUUAAACCAGAAGUGUAUGCUCGCUACCGUUUCAACACCUAAGCCUGGAUGACAAAUAUCCAGGUAUCCGGAUAUUCAGUUAUCCGGAUGAUUUACGCAAAAACGAAUGUCUCCUGAUAUCUAUUCUCUCACUGUAUAUGGUUGUUCAGUUAUUUAUCUUGAAAUUGCACACUUUUCGCUAGGCUUUUGGGAUUUGUAUUUUGAAUCAUCAAUGAUACUGAGAAUGAAAGAUUAGAAUAUUUGCAGCAUUUAGUGGAAAGAGUGGAGGUUGGCACUUGCAAUCAUAUCCCCGAGGUCUUCAGCUGCUCAGCAAGUAUGCAGUACACUGUUUAUAACGAACUGACAGACACUGGCUUCUUGGUGCUGACUGCUGGCUGUAUAGUCCAGUUGAAAUGUUUAACAAACUACAGUUAUAAUGAACUAAAAUUACUGAUCCCUUUAGUCAGUUACAACCAUAGUUCACUGUACUUUCAUUCUCAACUUUGAUUCAACUCCUUCCUAAAUAUGAGUGAAUUAUAAUACGAUUUAAUACAAUGAGGAUGAAUGUCAUAGAUGCAAACUGUAUAAUAUGAAUAAAACUGUGCACACCCCA